AUGGCCUCCGCUAACAGCGAGCAGCCAAGGGUGCCGUCUCCAAAUGACCAAAACGAAGACUACUUUGCGGAAACACUUCAGCUUCGGGCGAAGUGCAGACGUUUUCGCAUCUUGGUAAUCGGUCGAGCCAACGCAGGCAAAACCACGCUCUGUCAAAGGAUGUGCAACACCACGGACCCUCCGGUUGUGUACACUAAAGGCGGAAAAAUAGUCAAUGUGUCGCCAAGCGAAGAGCGCGGCAUACACAAUAUUGAGGAUGAGAUCGUCUAUGAAGCUAAUCCGGGCUUUGUGUUCCAUGACUCCGGUGGCUUUGAGUCCGGGUCUGAAGCAGAGCUGCAGACUGUACGGGAUUUCAUCAAGAACCGUUCGGAGGAGGGUGAACUAAGCAGCAGGCUGCAUGCCAUCUGGUUUUGCAUGCCCGUCGACAGUGAUCGCCCACUUGUGGACGCUGAGAUGAAAUUCUUCGACAGUGGAACACAUCCAGUCCCAGUCAUUGCGAUAUUCACCAAAUGUGACAGCCAAUACAUCAAGGCAAAGGAGCAUCUUCGUGAGAAGGGAAUCAGCCGAAGGGACAUAACUAAACAGGUCAUCGAGAAGGAAAUAGAAAACUAUCUGAGAAUGCUAGAGACAGAUUGGAAUAAAAGAGCCAUUCAUCCACCCAAAGCAUACUGCUUUAUGAAAGGUAAUGAUCACAAGAAUCAUCAGAGUAUUCAAUGUGCAGCCCUUGUUGAGAGGACUGAAGAAUCCAUAGAUGAUGAUGUACUGAAGCUUUUGUUUGCAUCAGUACAAAGAUGCAAUACAAAGAUCUGUGUCCGUCAUGCAGUCAAAUAUAGUUUGCGUAACUGUAUGUAA